AUGACUUGUGCGAAAACGGACGAACCGCGGAAAAGCGAGCCAUCUCCUGUCGAGGCAAGCGGUCACUAUGCGUCGAGCUAUUUAGAGGAUGAGGAACAAGACUUGGAACGAGUUUCCUUGUUGCGCACUACCGAACAUGCGUCGAUAGGGGAUGAACGCGGCAUUAGGAACGGAAUUUUGUCCUGGUAUAAGGGCUCCAACUCUGUAACAUUAGCCACGUGCGUUUUGCUUUUAAUCGUGGAUAUUGUUGCAUCCGUUCCCAUGGCUCCAAGAAUGGUCCUCUUUGAGAACAUCAUCUGUCGAAACUAUUAUGGCGCAUGGGAGAGCGACGCGGGUACAAGAAACUGCAAGAUUGAGCCCGUUCAGAGCGAGCUAGCUCAAAUAAACGGCUGGAAGGAAACAUUUGACACUAUACCUGGCUUGGCGGUUUCUAUCCCAUACGGAGCUCUGGCAAAUCGAAUCGGACGAAGUAGAGUCUUGAUAUUAGCUUUGGUAGGAAGUCUACUUAGCGAAAUUUGGAUUGCCAUUGUCUGCUCAUUGCCGCAAACCUUGCCUCUUCGCACCAUCUGGCUUUCCGGCAUAUUCCAGCUGAUGGGGGGGGGGACUGCAACAGUCGUCUCGAUGUGCUACACCAUGAUUGGCGACAUUUGCUCCCCAGAGCAACGAACCACCGCCUUUUCUCAAGUUCACGCUGCUGUGCUCUUCUCUGAGUUUAUAUCCAUUCCGCUCGGCUCGGCUUUCAUUGCCGUGGAUCCAUGGAUACCAGUCCUAGGCGCAAUCGGCCUCAUGGCUUUUUCAACAGCCAUGACAUUCUUAAUCACCGUCCAUUCGAUUUCAUUUCCUGUAAAAAAAAAGAUGCCCUUGGAAACCCAGGGUCCUUCCUUAGAUCCAUCCAACCGAUUAAUGAAAACAAAAAAUCCAUUCAACGACAGGCUAUUCUCAUUCAUCGGUCUCACUCCAUUACUAUCCAGAGAUGUUGUAUUAAUGCUUGUGGCAUUUUUCUUCUGUCAACUUAGUCGACAGUUCUCCGGUGUACUCCUCCAGUAUAGCUCUGUUAAAUUUAACUGGGACUACGCAAAGGCGUCCUCUCUUAUUGCUCUUCGGGCCGUGUUAAAUUUAAUGGUACUGAUCACGGUAAUACCUCGCCUUACGCGAUUCUUCAAAAAUAAGGGAUUACAUCCAACAAAAGCAGAUCAAAGCAUUACCGUUAUGAGCGGCGUCAGUCUCGCCACUGGAUCUGUUUUGCUUUUCUUCUCCAAGACUCCUUCAGUGGCUAUACUUGGCCAAGCUUUUACAGCUUUGGGAUUCGCAUUUACAGUCACUGCUCGCAGCUUCUUGACUUCCAUGGUAGAUGCUCAGUAUUUGAGCAUUUUGUAUACUAGCAUCACUGCUGUAACAUAUGGCGGUGUUAUCGUAGGGGGACCGUUAUUGGCAUGCGCUUUUCAAUGGGGUUUACGUCUGGGACAUUUUUGGGUUGGCAUGCCGUUUCUAAUUACGGCCGUCUUAUUUGCGACGGCUACUCUAGCGGUGUAUAAGAGUAGAGGCAAUUAUUAA